AGAGAGAGAAGACAGCUCCCACACUGUGGUGGGAGGGGAACCCAGAAAGGAAAAUCGUUCAGGUGACAGGUUGGGAAGGAGACCCUCGAGCAAGCAGGCUCCCAAAGCUCAGGGGACCCUGGGCAGGCGUGGAGCUCAGCGAAGCCAGAAGGAGCGCACAGGGGGCAGCCCAAGCCCGGGGUCUCCCCAGAGGAAGCAAGCAGAGCGCAGGAGACUCGGAGAGGAGCUGGGGAAACAGAAGCCAAGCAAGGCGGAGGGGACCUGCGAGGGGAGGAGGAAGCGGGACGAAAGAUCUCCCCUCAAGGAGCAGACAGCACCCUCAAAGAAGGAAAAGGAGAUUCCGAGGAAGGAGGAGAAGUUGAAGCGGCACAAGAAACCCAGAUCAUCCUCGUUGGCCUCCAGUGGCUCUGGUGGGGAGUCCCUGUCUGAGGAAGAACUGGCCCGGAUCCUGGAGCAGGUGGAAGAAAAAAAGAAGCUCAUUGCCACCAUGCGGAGCAAGCCCUGGCCCAUGGCGAAGAAGCUGACAGAGCUCAGGGAGGCCCAGGAAUUUGUGGAGAAGUAUGAAGGUGCCUUGGGAAAGGGGAAAGGCAAGCGACUAUAUGCCUGCAAGACGCUGAUGGCCAAGAAAUGGGUCAAAUUUAAGAGAGACUUUGAUAAUUUCAAGACUCAGUGUAUCCCCUGGGAAAUGAAGAUCAAGGACAUUGAAAGUCACUUUGGUUCUUCUGUGGCAUCAUAUUUCAUCUUUCUCCGAUGGAUGUAUGGCGUUAACCUCGUUCUUUUUGGCUUAAUAUUUGGUUUAGUCAUAAUUCCAGAGGUACUGAUGGGCAUGCCCUAUGGGAGUAUUCCCAGAAAGACAGUGCCUCGGGCUGAAGAAGAAAGGGCCAUGGAUUUUUCUGUCCUUUGGGAUUUUGAGGGCUAUAUCAAGUACUCUGCGCUCUUCUAUGGCUACUACAACAACCAGAGGACCAUCGGGUGGCUGAGGUACCGGCUGCCCAUGGCUUACUUUAUGGUGGGGGUCAGCGUGUUCGGCUACAGCCUGAUGAUUGUCAUUCGAUCGAUGGCCAGCAAUACCCAAGGAAGCACAGGUGAAGGGGAGAGUGACAACUUCACAUUCAGCUUCAAGAUGUUCACCAGCUGGGACUACCUGAUCGGGAAUUCAGAGACGGCCGACAACAAAUAUGCCUCCAUCACCACCAGCUUCAAGGAAUCAAUAGUGGAUGAACAAGAGAGUAACAAAGAAGAAAAUAUCCAUCUGACAAGAUUUCUUCGUGUCCUGGCCAACUUUCUCAUCAUCUGCUGUUUGUGUGGAAGUGGGUACCUCAUUUACUUUGUGGUGAAGCGAUCCCAGCAAUUCUCCAAAAUGCAGAAUGUUAGCUGGUAUGAAAGGAAUGAGGUAGAGGUUGUGAUGUCCCUGCUUGGAAUGUUUUGUCCCCCUCUGUUUGAAACCAUCGCUGCCCUGGAGAAUUACCACCCACGUACUGGGCUGAAGUGGCAGCUGGGGCGCAUCUUUGCACUCUUCCUGGGAAACCUCUACACGUUUCUCUUGGCCCUGAUGGAUGACGUCCACCUCAAGCUUGCUAAUGAAGAGACAAUAAAGAACAUCACUCACUGGACUCUGUUUAACUAUUACAACUCUUCGGGUUGGAACGAGAGUGUCCCCCGACCACCCAUGCACCCUGCAGAUGUGCCCCGGGGUUCUUGCUGGGAGACAGCUGUGGGCAUUGAAUUCAUGAGGCUGACGGUGUCUGACAUGCUGGUAACAUACAUCACCAUCCUGCUGGGGGACUUCCUACGCGCUUGUUUUGUGCGGUUCAUGAACUACUGCUGGUGCUGGGACUUGGAGGCUGGAUUUCCUUCAUAUGCUGAGUUUGAUAUUAGUGGAAAUGUGCUGGGUUUGAUCUUCAACCAAGGAAUGAUCUGGAUGGGCUCCUUCUAUGCUCCGGGACUGGUGGGCAUUAACGUGCUGCGCCUGCUGACCUCCAUGUACUUCCAGUGCUGGGCGGUGAUGAGCAGCAACGUACCCCAUGAACGCGUGUUCAAAGCCUCCCGAUCCAACAACUUCUACAUGGGCCUCCUGCUGCUGGUGCUCUUCCUCAGCCUCCUGCCGGUGGCCUAUACCGUCAUGUCCCUCCCACCCUCCUUUGACUGCGGGCCGUUCAGUGGGAAAAACAGAAUGUAUGAUGUCCUCCAGGAGACCAUUGAAAAUGAUUUCCCAACCUUCCUGGGCAAGAUCUUUGCUUUCCUCGCCAAUCCAGGCCUGAUCAUCCCAGCCAUCCUGCUGAUGUUCCUGGCCAUUUACUACCUGAACUCAGUUUCCAAAAGCCUUUCCCAAGCUAAUGCCCAGCUGAGGAAGAAAAUCCAAGCGCUCCGUGAAGUUGAGAAGAGCCACAGGUCUGUCAAAGGCAAAGCCACAGCCAGAGAUUCAGGGGAUACACUGAAAAGCAGCUCCAAAAAUACCACCCAGCUCCAACUCACCAAGGAAGAGACCAGUCCUCCCUCUGCCAGCCAAAGCCAGGCCAUGGACAAGAAGGCGCAGGGCCCUGGGACCUCCAAUUCUGCCAGGGGGACCAUGUUGCCUGCCUCUGGACACCUUCCUACAUCUCGGCCCCCUGGAGUCAGAAUAGAUUCUGGCCACCCCCCAUCUCAGACUCAUCUGUGGAGGUCAGCCUCUGGGAAGAGUGCUCAGAGACCUCCCCACUGAUGGCUGGGACUCCAGUAAGCCCCGAUCUUGGGGCUGAUCCUCGAGUUCCCCAGUUUCACACACACCAAACCAAGGUUCUCUCCUUUCUUUCCUCUCACAUACAUGCUCUCUCUCCUCUCUUGGAAUGUGAGAACUUUGAUUCAGUCAGGCCCUUGUCAGCUACAAAAGGAGGAAGACAGUGGCUUCACCUGUCCUCCAGGGAAGCUGGAGCCAUCUCUGCACCAACUGCCCUCCACAAUAUCUUGGUUCAGACAGUUCUGAACCCCACACUCACAGUGGUCCACCUUGACUCCAGACUUUGGGAGUUGGGGAAGGGCCAUGACCACCCUCGUAGACUUUUUCCAUGGGACACAGUUAGGGACACAGGUUUCUGCCAGCUCCCUUAACUUGGAGGGGGAUGCAGAAGGGCCUACGUUUCUCAAUCCAGAGAAAGUGAGCCGGGCACAGUGGCUCACACCUGUAGUCCCAGUACUUUUGGAGGCCAAGAUGGGUGGA